AUGCUCUUCCAGACCGCUCUGAUACUGCUCACACUCCAGGCGAGUAGUGUGGCAUCUGGGCCUUUGAAACGACGAGGGAUUCCCUUCGCCGACGCAGCGUUCGAUUAUGUGGUCGUUGGUGGCGGUACCGCUGGAAGUGUGAUCGCGACGCGACUAGCACAGAACGGCUUCGAUAUUGCCCUGAUCGAAGCUGGAGGCCACUAUGAGCUCGAAUCUGUGGCUGAGUUUCCUCCAGCUGAUGUGCUUUCGACAGGAUCAGAUCCUGCUACCAGCGCACCGGAGGAUUGGGGUUUCGUGACCAGAGAUCAGCCGGGUGUUAAUAGGCGGGCAAUUCAUUUUGCCCGAGGGAAAUGUCUUGGAGGAUCGUCGGCGUUGAACUACAUGAUCUAUCAACGUCCGACACGCGAGUCUAUGGAUUUAUGGGCAACUUUGGUCAAUGACAGCAGUUAUCGAUUUGAUGAAAUACUCCCAUUUUAUAAGAGGAGCGUCAAUUUCACGGCCCCAAACACCAAGUAUAGAGCUCAAAAUGCUUCCGCUGGCUAUAAUGCCGAUGCCUUCGACUCGGAUGGUGGCCCAUUGCAGGUGUCGUAUGCUAACUUCGCCGAGCCUUUCUCGUCAUGGAUGAGCCUCGCUAUGGAUUCUAUCGGUAUUGAUCAAGCAGAGGACUUUAACAUGGGUACUAUAAUGGGAGCCCAGUAUUGUGCAUCGACUAUCAACCCGUCCAACGAGCUCCGAAGUAGCUCAGAGGAAUCUUUCUUAUCCAAGAUCAUGCCUAAUUCAUUGACAAUUCAUGAGCAUACUCUUGCCAAGAAGGUGGUUUUUGAUGGAAACAAGAGGGCAACAGGAGUUCAAGUCGAAGGUCCGCCAGGCAACACGAUCACGCUUUCGGCAUCGGAAGAGCUCCUCAUGGUGUCUGGCGUUGGUCCGGCCGAUCAACUGCAAGAGCAUGGAAUUGACAUUAUAGCCGAUCGACCAGGGGUCGGUCAGAACAUGUGGGAUCACACGUUCUUUGCUCCUUCGUACCGAGUGCGGGUGACAACAUUCACUAAAUUUGCUACUGACCUGCUAUACGCGGCUGACCAAGUUAUCGAAGGCUUAGUCGCUAAAACUGGAUUCUUGACAAGUCCAAUCGCGGAUUUCCUAGCAUGGGAGAAGAUUCCGUGGUUCUUGCGCUGGACUUUCUCGCCCGAAACGCAGAGUGAAUUGGCCAAAUUCCCAGCUGACUGGCCUGAAGCAGAGUAUAUGUCUGGCGCAGGCUAUAUUGGUAACGCAUCAAACCUCCUAGCAAUCCAACCAAAAGAUGGAUACCAGUACGCCUCAAUCCUCGGCAUUCUUAUCACCCCUAUGUCCCGGGGAAAUGUUACUUUGCAGUCUGCGGAUACCUCCGAUCUACCAGUGAUCAAUCCCAAUUGGCUCGAUGAUCAGGCUGACCAGGAAGUUUCUAUUGCCAUGUUCAAGCGAAUUCGCCAGGCUUUCCAGAGUGAAGCUAUGCAGCCCGUGGUUAUCGGCGAGGAGUAUAAUCCCGGGCCACACGUCCAGUCUGACGAUCAAAUCCUCGAGUUCAUCAAGGACAAUCUGAUGACCAUAUGGCAUCCGAGUUGUACUUGCAAGAUGGGAACCUCCGGUGAUGACAUGGCUGUGCUUGACUCCCAGGCUCGGGUUUAUGGUGUGGACGGACUGCGUGUAGUUGAUGCUAGCGCCUUUCCUUUUCUUCCUCCUGGUCAUCCUCAGUCGACGGUUUAUAUGCUUGCCGAGAAAAUCGCAGACAAUAUCAACCGGGGUUCCUAA